CCGAUCAAUGUUCGUCCACUGCUCACUGUUCAGUAGCUGGUAAAGUGCCACUCCAGCUAGUCAUAUUUGCCUUUUUACUUCAACCACCGCAGCUGGACUCGUAUCUACUUGAAAUAGAAGUGCGAGCAGCAGCGAUUAGUGCUCCUCCAAUUAUAUUUACACACCCAUCAAGGGGCUGUAAAAUGCUAUUGAAAAUUGGCCGAAAGAAGCUGUUUCUGCUGAUGGCAGGCACCAUCGUAGGGGUGUCCUUGAUUACUCUGGCCGCCGUUUACGUUCUGCACGAGGAGGAGGUGGAAGAUGUUCUGGACAUUGAUGACGAAGAUAGGGAUGUCCACAAACGGGUUGGAGCAGUUGCGUCCAAUGCGUACGAAUGUGCUUCGAUCGGAGCGGAUAUUCUACGGGCGAACGGCUCGGCAGCUGAUGCUGCUAUCGCAACGAUGAUAUGUGAAGAGAUCGCCUGUCCGGAGAGUGCUGGAAUCGGUGGUGGAUUCCUGCUUACGCUGUAUCAGCGUGAAACUGGCAAAGUGCUGGUAAUGGAUGCUCGAGAGAUUGCCGCCCGCGCAUCGGCGGAAGAUAUGUUCGUCAACUUCAAGAAUGGGACAGCUCACGGAGCAUUGGCCAUAGCAACACCCGGAGCCCUGAGAGGCUAUUGGGUGUUGCAUGAGAAGUUUGGAAAACUGCCUUGGAGGAAGCUGAUCGAACCAUCAAUCGAGCUUUGCUACAGGGGUCAUAUUGUGAACCCAUACAUGGAAGAUGCUUUACUGGAUGUACGGAAAGAGAUUCUAGAAACUCCUUCGUUGCGAGAGAUAUACGUCAAUCCGGAGACUGGAGAUGUGUGGAGGGAUGGUGACCGUAUUUAUAGACCAGACUUUGCGGAGAGUCUGAAAGUAAUCGCCGACGAAGGAGCAGAUGCGUUGUAUUCUCGAAAAGGAUCUCUGCUUCCGAAACUUAUGCAAGACCUCAAAGAGUUCGGGAGCAUUCUAACAGAGGAAGACUUUUACAACUAUGAACCUAGGUGGUUUACCCCGGUAUCAACGAAAGUGCGAGGUGACAACACUGUCUUCAGUGCCGCUCUCCCAGGCGGAGGAACCAUUCUGGUCCACAUGCUGAACGUCCUCGAUGGAUACCCAGAUCUUGACCCGUAUGACCCGGUAACAUGGCAACGAAUCGUCGAAACGUUCAAGCACGCCUACGGUAUCCGCACUCGUCUUGGCGACCCAUCGUUUGUUCCGGGUAUCGAGGAGCUGAUUCGCAAUCUCACUGAUCGGGGUUAUGCCAAUCUUAUCAGGGAUAAAAUCAAGGAUGAUCAUACGUUCUACGACUACGACUACUACGGUGCGGAUUUCUCCCCGUCUGAAGAUCACGGAACGGCUCACGUUUCAGUGUUGGCGCCCAAUGGAGAUGCCAUAGCUGUCACGAGUACAAUCAACGACUACUUUGGCGCCCAACUGCGAUCCCCUCGGACGGGGAUCAUCCUCAACGGAGAAAUGGACGACUUCUCGGUUCCCGGGGUGAUCAACAUCUUCGGCGUUCCGGCUUCUCCAGCAAACUUCAUCGCUCCGGGAAAGCGGCCACUUUCCUCCAUGGCCCCUAGCAUCGUAGUUGAUGGCCGAGGAAACGUUCGGCUGAUCGCAGGAGGCGCCGGCGGAACCAGAAUCACCACGGCUACGCUUCAGGUUAUCCUGCGAAAGGUGUUUUUCGGUCAGAAUUUACGGACGGCGAUGGAUGGUUUUCGAGUGCAUCACCAGCUGGCACCGAUGGAAGUGGAAUACGAGCAUGACGUGGAUCCAGCUGUAUUGGAACAGCUGGAAGCGCGGGGACAUUCUAUGAGAAGGGUUAAAAGGGUAGCAACAAUGACUGCAGUGGCGAGAGAGGACGAUGGCACGGUGACGGCUGCCUUCGAUCCGAGGAGGCCAGGCAGUGUUGCGAUAGUUGAGCUCUAGAAGGUAGUUGAUAACAAUACUGAAUGUGAUAUUUGGUUUAUCUCAAAACGUAGGGUAAUAAAGGUAAAAGGUGGUAAAAUGCCACCGUGCAUUUAAAUGGUGGAAUUGUGGUCAAUAGUAUCAUUUAAACCGAGUACAGAUAAUGAAGAGUUUAUGUCGCAUUAUAUUAAAUUCCUCCAGCUGUUUGUUGUGAGCGAUAGGCUGUUG